AUGACUCUACCAUAUCGGUCUGGUGUUGUGGUGUUUCUAACCCUGAAAGUUUACAUACGUCGUACAUUGAGGAAUUCUGGAAUGAUUUGCAUGUUUUUCUUGGGGCUAUAUGCGGCUGUAUUAUGCAUUUGCCACAUGGUCUAUGGCGAUUCUGGAACAUCCUACAUAUAUUGCACGCACUGUGGCACUUUCCAGCUAGAAGAAUUUUCCCUUGGGCGGCGAUAUUCGGGCGCAGGAUGCAUUUCGCGCGUGGAAAAGGUGCAUAACGACGGCGUCAGUGGUAGAGGGGCAGAUCUGAACUAUGCUUCGGAGCGCAUCGGACAGGAUCGGAGGAAUCAGAAGCACGCACUUUUGGCAAUAGACAAGGGACUGGAUGCGACAUGGAUGUACAUAGUGAAUGUGUGA